GAGUUUGCAGGAUGACUGCAGCAGGCAAGGGAAGCCUCCUGGAGACAGAGCUUCUGAGUCAGCUGUCACACUGUGUGCCUGAGAAGGCUGCCUCUGUCCCACUUAUUCUUGGCCUUCAGACCUGCCAUGGACAUUCUUUACAGACAGCAUCUUCUCCUUGUUCCCCUGGCCCAGUCUGAGGCGUUCCUCAUCGACCUUUUGGAUAAAGUGUGUGUGCGAAUGAACGAUUACCAGCUGGAGGACGACCCAGUGACCAAGCAGAAGUAUUUCAGGAGAUAUGCUCCGAGGAAGGGAGACAAAAUAUACAAAGAAUAUAAAAAGUUCUUCUUUUAUUCUGAUGCCUUCAGACCUUUGAAAUUCGCGUGUGAAGCCAUCAUUGAAAAGUAUGAAGAUGAGAUAUUCGAACUUAUUGCCCAGGAGGCAAACCAUCUAGCUGAUAUGCUGUGCAAUGAAAAAUCAGAUCUCUGUGGCACUCCUACCAACAGUCCUGAACCCUAGGUAUGAGAGGAGUGGAGUCACCCCAGCAGGUCACUGUGCGCUUCCACAUCGUGUGACUGCCGUGAUAAGGACGUUCAUCUUCUGUCUGCUGUUCUUGUCUCAUGCGUGAUAUUGGUUUGAAAAUCUCUUGCUUGGCAUCGUGACAAACCCCAAGUCUUCUCUUAGGUGAAGAGAAGUUUAUAAAACAGAACACCCCUUUGCAUAUUUGGAUGGAAGCUGGGUUGGCAAUAGAGCAUUAAAUCUGGCCGUGGGAAAAGGGCAAAGCGAUUUCUUGAAGUCAGUAGGAAAUUAAGGGUGGGUCUGAGCAAAUGAGCCUGACAUGUCCAUACACGGUUUUUGCAGUUUCAGAAGAACUCAGUUUGAUUUCUCAAAUUCUUGAUCAGCCACAAAUUCAAGGUAUUCAGUUGUAACAAAUGCCAUGGGCUGGUUAUUCCGAAAGGUUCUGUGUGGUGGUUUUAAAGCCACCCCUCUCAAACAGGAAUGUGACUUACAGAUCUGGAAACUCUUAUAUUUUAGAACUAAAAUUCAAUAGAACUGAUAAAAGAGUGAAUAUGUCGCAAAGUGGACUGGCCAUCAUAUCAGAGUUUACUGGCCCUGAGUUCAGAUGAUUCCAAAGGCUAUCACAUAGUGGGUUUCAAAAGAUUCGGCACCGAACACAUUUUUGUCUUGCUUGAGUCUCUCUUGGUUUGUUUUCCCCUCACUGAUCAUAGUGUAUAAAUUUUCCUACUGGCUGAUUUGUCACUCUUUUAUGGGACUUUUAUUUAUGUAUUUAUUUUUGGAUGUGGAGGGCUAUUAACCUUUACCACAUUUACUGUAACAAAAUGUAAUAACAGUUUCUCCUGGGUGUUCUCAUUGUCUCUGCUAAAUUUGCAUUCAGUGGAAUUGAACUUUAAUUAUUCAGCAUGUGUGGGUACAGGUUACACCUGUUUAAUUAAAGAAAUUGUCAUCACUGUCA